CGCUGAUCCUUGAACCCCAAUCUCGAGGGUUCUAUAUCACAAUAUACCAAAACCCUCGAUAUAGCACUUCGAUAUCUCUAUAUUCUUCUGAUUGUGUAUACAAAUCUCGAAACAUCCCCUUGAGAAGCGAGGCAACAUGCCUUCUGCGACGGCCACAGAGCCACCUUCAGUCUCCCUUUCCUUCGCGAACAACUUCUGGGGUAAAGAUGACGCCGGCGUUUCCCCUCUACUCGAGCGUAUGCACAAUGCGAAAGUUACUGGCGACGAAUUAAAGUCCUUUUAUGCUGCAAGAGCAGCAAUCGAAGACGAAUAUGCCCGCAAGCUUCUCAAUCUGGCUCGGAAGCCCUUAGGAUCCUCGGAAGCCGGUACACUUCGCAUGUCACUGGAUGUCAUUCGUGGUGAGGUCGAGUCGACCGGCAAAGCACACCAAAACAUCGCCCAGCAAAUGAAGACUGAACUGGAAGAGCAACUGGCAGCUUUUGCCGGUGGAAUGAAAGAGAGGCGAAAGAUUGUUCAGAACGGCAUUGAAAAAUUGCUGAAAUUGAAGAUGCAACAGACGUCGACCGUCAACAAGGCCCGCGACCGUUAUGAGCAAGACUGUCUUAAGAUAAAGGGUUUCCUCGCACAGGCACACAUGGUUAUGGGACAAGAAGAGCGUAAAAAUAAGGCUAAACUCGAGAAGACACAAAUUCAGCUAUCCACUACAAGCUCAGAGUACGAGGCCGCAGUCAAAGUCCUCGAAGAAACGACAGGUCGAUGGAACCGUGAUUGGAAGGCUGCUUGCGAUAAAUUCCAGGAUCUAGAAGAAGAGAGAGUUGACUUCAUGAAAAGCAGUCUUUGGACUUUCGCAAAUAUUGCGUCAACUGUCUGUGUCAGCGAUGAUGCGUCGUGUGAAAAGAUCCGCUUGUCACUCGAAGACUGCGAUGUAGAAAAGGACAUCAUAUCCUUUAUCAAGGAAAAUGGAACAGGCCAGGAGAUUCCGGACCCACCAAAGUUUAUAGACUUCUGCAGGGGCGAUGCCAGCGAUAACCUUUCAGAUGCCGAUGACAACAGCUACUCGGUAGCUCAGUUCCAGCGAACGAUGAAUCCAGCCUUCCGAACAUCAUCCCCUCAGCCUUCCUUACUAGACUCCCACCAUGAUCCUAACAACGUAUUAGCUCGUGAAUUUGGACUAAAGGAGGAUCAGCCAUCUCCUCGGCUGGACGCAAGCUCAGGUCAAACACCUUUAAACGUAUCGCAAUCCUCCUAUUCUUCACAAAUCAGACCUCGUGCGGAUUCACGUGCUGAAUCGCUUCACCAGCAGCUCGAACAAGGGCAAUUUGGAGAAAUUCCAAAAAUUCCGUACAAUGAACACCCAAUGGACGGAAUGACUCAAUUCUGUCGUUCCGGUGGCCCUCCUGUCGACCGCUCUCAACCCAUUAGUAACCAACAACGGCCACCGUCUCGUGACGACCACAGUGAUUACUCGAACCCAGCUUCAUACUCGAGUGCUGACCCUCAAAGUGGAAUGCACUCACCCACAAAGCAGAUGCAAUACAAUCCACCUUCGCCAGUGAAGCAAAUGUCUGAUCCUGUGCCCAAUUUAGAGGAGAAGCAAGUCCAGAAAAAGAAGAGCGGCUUCUUCCAAGGUCAUAGCCCAUUCCGGAGACGAAGCAAACACGAGAAGGAACAGAAUGGCGCUAGCAAUACUAAUAAUCGUAACACCUGGUCACCGACAAAAGCUAAAGGACCCUUUGCUAAAGGGAUUCAUGCGUCUGUCGAGCGUUCUGCCUCUCCUGAGCCAAUCGACCCUCGUGCGAACUUCCAGCUGAAUGUUGGCAAUAAUGUAUUUGACGUUGCCUCUCCCGACAAGAAAAAACAGGCACAGCCUAAUGAUUCAGCACAAGAUGACCUGGAUCCCAUUGCUCAAGCUCUAGCAGAACUCAAGGGGGUGGGCAAACAAGGAACGGUUCGUCAAUCCGCAGAUCGAUACGCUGGCUUGCGGACACCCGCACCGCCCGGUAGUCCCAAUCCCAGUGCUCCUCCUGCUGGUGCCGUUCCUACUCCGUAUGCGAAUCAGAAUACUCGUGGCACGCCUCCACCAUCGUAUAAUCCACCUAUGAGCCGCCUUGGUGCACCCCAGCCAGCACAUACAGCCAAACAAAUGCAGCAGACCACAGAGAAGUAUGUUAACCAGGCGCGUGGCGCGUUCAAUGGCAAUUCUUCGCGCCCAACGACUCGUGGUAGUGGAGGCCAUGAUGUGAUGCGUGCUACCAGCCCUGCUCCGCCGCGAGCUACCAGCCCACGACCUGGUAUGUACAAUGAACAGAACGGGCACAUCAACCGGUCCACGUCCCCGAAUCCGUAUGGUUCGGGUCACGGUCGCCCACGGGCACAGUCGUCGAGCCCGAUAAAGCAGCAAGCACCGAGCUCGUACGGAGGACACUCACGUGGAAAUUCGCCCAAUGCGCAGCCGGUUCCGCGUGCGGCGUCCCCGAACCCUCAAUUCAGGCGAGAUUCUCAUAGCAGACCUCUCAGCCGAGGCGGAGAAGGUAUGGCACUGCAGCUAGCACCGGGUCCAAGUGAAACUGGCAGUACUUAUGGCGGCAGUCAACGUAGCCGAGACGGACGACCGAUGAGUAGCUACUACGGUAGCAACAGCGGACGUGGUAGUGACCUUGGCACUUAUGGUGGGCAGUCUGUGGGACAGGUUAGCACGAGGGUCAGAAGUAAGAGUGUAGCAGAAGCCAGACAGUAUACUCCCGAUGGCCGGGCGAUCUUGCACUACGCACGCGCAAUGUACAUGUACCAAGCUCAGAUUCCAGAAGAGUUGUCUUUUGCAAAGGGGGAUGUCCUUGCAGUGCUGCGACUCCAAGACGACGGAUGGUGGGAGGCCGAGGUUGUAGGAAAGGCCAGCAGGCCGGGACUGGUGCCGAGUAAUUAUCUACAGAACUGCUAGGGUGAAGCUGACACCCAUUACACUGCUGAUGCGUCUUGACUGGUAUGGUAUAUGCGAUUUUGAUGUAUAUGACGGUAACUGCAGCGUAUGUAGCACGAAAAUUGUGCAGAUGCGGCUUUGAUUUGGGUUAUUUUGAUAUUGAUCGCUCGCUGUCAAGGGUGCACAUGGCGUUGAACAAAUUCAGGUUCAAGACUGAGUAUAUAUGCACGAAAUAAUGCCGUCUCUCU